AUGAUGCAGAGUAUGGAAACAACUGAGAAAGGUGAAAUUGAAAAGGAUAUUGAGGAACACUUGAAGAGUUACGAUGAAGACAAUGUGGACGAUUUCAUCACAGCUUACAUCAAGGAAAUGAAACUUCGUGGAAGCGACGACACAUUUGAUAGACUUCACCUGCAGAAAACUAUCAGAGAUUUAUUCAUAGGCGGAACCGAUACCACUGCCACCACCAUCCGCUGGACUCUCCUUUACUUCCUCCACAACCCCGAUGUUCAGGACAAGUGUUUCAGGGAGAUACAGGACAACAUCGGGCAAAGCAGACUUCCCACCAUGAAGGACAAGAUUAGUCUUCCCUACGUCGAAGCCACCAUCAGUGAGAUAAUGAGAUGCACAGACAUAGUUCCACUUGCAGCUCCACACUACAGCCUUACGACAUCCAGUUUCAGGGCUACACGUUUCCCAAGGGCGUGA